GGGUCAGGAUGGGUGUGGGGUCAGGACAUGCGUGGGGUCAGGAUAUGUACAGGAUUGGGAUGUGUGGGGUCAGGAUGGGUGAGGAGUCAGGAUGUAUAAGGGAUCGGGAUGAAUGUGGGGUUGGGGCUCAUGGGGUCAGGAGGAUCAGGACGUGUGUAUAGGUUAGGAUAUAUGGGGUCAGGAUGCAUGUGUGGGGUAUCAGGACGUGUGUGGGGUUACAGAAUCACGGAAUGGCCGGGGUUGGAAGGGACCUCAAGGACAAUGAAUCUCCAGCCCCACUGCCACAGGCAGGGCCACCAACCCGCACAUUUCGUGCCAGACCAUUUAAUAGCAGGUGAGGGUACAUCGGGGUCAGGCUGUGUACGGGACUGGGACGUGUGUGUGGGCGAGAAGCGCAGAGCCAUCAUCCCCCCCCACCUGGCGUACGGCAGACGCGGUUCUCCCCCCACCAUCCCAGGCGAUGCGGUGCUGCGCUUCGAGGUCCACUUGGUGGCUCUGUCCCGUGCCGGCGGUUGGAGGCGGGCGCUGGACCGGCUGCUCCCAUUGCUGUGCCUGGCGCUGCUGCCGGCCCUGCUGGGUCUCAUCGGCUUCCAUCUGUACCGCAAAGCCAGCAGCCCCAAAACGUCCAAAAAGAAGCAAAAGGAGGAGAAGAGGAACAAAGCCAAAAAGAAAUAAAGCUCCUCUCCGCGCCUGCA